AUACAGGUUAAAUUGAUUUUAAGCAAUCGGGGUUAAGUACCUUACUAAAGGAUUUAACAGGAUGGGUUCGCAAGUGACGCCUUUUGGGUAACUAGUUAAUCGACACUAAAUGCAUCAAUAACAGAAGCUAAACAUCUUUUGUAUCGGACGCUCUAUCGAUUAUGAAGCCAAUAAACAUAUAACAUAUUGCUGCUUAAAUAUUUAUUUAGUGAAUGAUCACUCUAUAUCCGAUACUACCGGAGUUGUAAACGCGGCACCUGUCUUGGGGGCGGUGCGCGUGACCGGACACCGAACUCGCCCCGCCCACGCCCCGCCUCCGCGACUCGAACCCCCUGCUUCGGCCGGGGCGCCAUGGGAAGCGGCGGCGCUGCGCCAUCCAGCCUGCGGUGCGGGACGCGACCGGGACAUGUCCGAGAGGUCCUCAGGUGUGAUAACCAACGGCAACAGUUUCCAGAAAUCUGACACCUCUCAGUCCUCUGACCUCGGAGACUCCGACUCUCCCCUGGCCCGAAUAUCCAGGGAGCGGGUCUCUGCCGAACUGAGUCCAGAUUCUGGCAUCGCUGUCACACCCUUACCCUCCAGCAGAUUCAAGUACCUCUCCUGGCACAAGGUAGAUGAGAAUGGCGUCCAAGGAAACCAGCUGAUCUGCCCCAGGGUCCGAGAAGGGCCGCCAGAGGAGGAGCUCUAUCUGAGGGAACAGGAAGGUGUCCAUGAGGAUGUGAGGAGGAGGAGGAGGAGGAGAGCAGGAGAGAAGGAGAGGUGGGAGGAGAGGCUGCAAGAGAAUUGGGAGAACUGUGUGGAGCUGAACCUCUCCUUCCAGGACCUGGGUGAUCCAUAUCAGUUAGAGAACUUCUUCCGGAUCCUGCGCCGGCUGAUCCGUGUGGAGAAGCUCCAGCUGGUGGACAACGCACUGAGAGACCUGAGUUCUAUCCCACUGCCAAUGUGCAAAAGCCUGAACUUGCACAGGAACUACCUGACCUCAGUCCGGCAACUGCCAAAGAUCCCACAGAUCCAGCAACUGGUCCUGUCGGAAAAUGGCAUCGAGGCCCUGGGAGAGCUGGUCCUGCUGGGGGCCACACCCUUGCACUCCCUGACGCUGUGUCGGAACCCCUGUGCCUUCCUGGAGGACUACCGAGCACGUGUGUUCUCCUGCCUGCCAAAGCUCAAAGUGCUCGACGGGAUCCCCAAACUGCCAGAAGACUGUGUCCCUCGCAGUCCACCUGCUCCAUCACGAACUUGCACCAUAUUGUGAGCUGGGUUUAUAUCAGCUGCUAGCCGCUGGUUGGCCAGACCCUUCACAGACGUGACCUCAAAGAGAGUCUCCUGAUCUCCAGCGAUUUCUGUCGUCUCCCAAUCAUGUAACAUCAGAGGUGAAGAAUGCAGUUUAGCAGAUGAAAGCAUCCGGAUUUAGAAGCCCAUCCUGAACAUUUUGCUAGCCAUUCUCUGUACGUAAAUGCCAUCGUUCAUUAAAAACCUUACAAACACGU